AUGCCCGGUAAAAGACCAAGCCCGGUAGUAAGACGGAGGCUACUUUCGGGCGGGAUCUCUGCCAGCAAGACCUCGACAUCAUCCACUCUCCUUCCGGUGAGGCUACGGUGGUCCACCAAGUCUCACUCAGGUCACGCACUUCUGGAUUCGGGGGCGGAGGGUAACUUCAUCGACAGCUCACUUGUACGUAAGCUCCAGUUACCGUUCAUUCCACUCACCCACCAGAUUGCGCCCUUCGCCCUCAACGGACAUCAGCUUCCCACCAUCAAGCACACUACUGCACCCAUCACACUCAUCACCUCUGGCAACCACACUGAGACGAUUUCAUUUUUCAUUACUGACACUGCUCUCUCCCCCAUUGUUCUCGGACAUCCUUGGCUCCAUUCCCAUAACCCCACUGUUGACUGGAAACUGGGUUCUGUUACCAGCUGGAGCGAGGAGUGUCAUAAGUCCUGUCUUGUUUAUUGCCAGGUACGUUUCCGCCUAAGGGCAAGUUAUACUCUCUGUCAGUUCCUGAGAUGGAGGCCAUGGAGAAAUAUUUCUGAUUCUCUGGCAACGGGGAUCAUUCGCCCUUCCUCUUCUCCAGCGGGGGCGGGGUUCUUUUUUGUGGGUAAGAAGGACGGAUCCUUGCGACCUUGUAUUGACUACCGAGGGUUGAACAACAUUACGGUAAAGAAUACCUAUCCUUUGCCGUUAAUGUCUUCUGCCUUCGAGAGGUUGCAGGGAGCGUCCGUCUUCACUAAAUUGGACUUACGUAAUGCAUAUCAUUUGGUCCGUAUUAGGAAGGGGGAUGAAUGGAAGACUGCUUUUAACACCCCUCAUGGCCAUUUCGAGUACUGCGUGAUGCCUUUCGGGCUCACGAACUCGCCAGCGGUCUUCCAAGCACUCGUUAAUGACGUGUUGCGAGACAUGAUCGAUCAGUUUAUAUAUGUUUACCUGGAUGACAUACUGAUCUUUUCCUCGUCUCUCCAGGAACAUUUGCAACACGUACGACGAGUGCUUCUGCGGUUGCUAGAGAAUGGGCUUUUUGUCAAGGCGGAAAAAUGCGUUUUUCAUGCACAGUCUGUUUCUUUUCUAGGACACAUCAUUUCGACUGAGGGUGUGCGCAUCAAGGCCAAGGCCGAUCGCCACCGGUCAAAGCCUCCCCGUUACGUCGUCGGUCAAAGAGUGUGGCUUUCAACUCAGAAUAUUCCAAUGCGUUCUGUUUCGAAUAAACUUGCUCCCAAAUUUAUUGGCCCGUUUUCUGUUACCAAAAUCAUUAAUCCGGUAACAGUGCGUCUGAGCCUUCCACCGGCGUACAGGAGGGUUCAUCCCGUCUUUCAUGUUUCCAAAAUUAAACCGGUGAUUUCAUCCCGUCUUAAUCCGCCUGCCCCGGUCCCCCCCCCCGCCUCGUAUCGUUAAUGGGGAGACCACUUAUUCGGUUAACCGUAUUCUGGACUCCAGACGGAGGGGACGCGGAUUUCAGUAUUUGGUGGAUUGGGAAGGUUACGGUCCGGAGGAGAGAAGGUGGGUUCCUGCUCGAGACAUACUGGAUCACCACCUUAUUGAUGAAUUCAAUCUACAGGUAAAGCAGGCUGGGAACGUCAAGGGGCGUUCCUAGGGGAGGGGGUAAUGUCACGGUAGGAAAUCCACCGUUUCCUCUGUGUCAUGUGUGUGUGUGUGUGUUUGUUCACUCACCCUCUGCCAUGUGCUCGUUUGAGCGAUCCCCUUCACCUGUGUGUUGAUUGUCUCGCUCCAGCUGCUCAUCAUUACAUCACCUCCAUAUAUACUCACCUGACUUUCUGUUCCCUGCCAGAUUCUUUCAUUGUGUUCGGUCCAGUGUUGUUUGGUUGUCUCGUGUCGCUUCGGAUUACUGUUACAGUUGGAUGUGUCGUCGUCUUCGUGUGGAUGUUCCCGUGUUCAGCCUGGAUUUCACCACUGCUCACCACUCCACCAACGUCGCACUCAAUACUCUCUACACCAACUUCCACCGUAGUCUUCGCCACCAUUGUCAGCAACACCAACACCGGACUGUGUCUUCCGCAUUUGACUCUUAAUACUCUCUCUCUGUUUAUAUUUAAUAAACAUUGUUGAAUUUUCCCCUGCAGUUGUUUCCACUCCUUACGUGUCAUUACACUACCGGGUUAAUCUAAAGGAAACUGUUCUUA